CUUCGAUCGUCUCUUUUGAUCAUGAAAACGUUUACAUCGAUGUCUCUUUGAUCCUCUCUUUUUAUAAUCUCCUCUUACUGUGCCGCUUCUGUCGUUGCAGUUCGUAGUCGAGACUUGAGAAAAAUGGAUAGCCGACGAGUAGAACUUACAAGACCUUAAAGACAAUGUACUAAUUUCAACGACUGAAAAAAAAAUACGUAAAAGUAAUACGGCAUUACCAUAGAUGACUGUGUUGACUCACUAUUAUAUUAAUAGAAUUAUAAGUAUAAAAAGAGCCAGACAACGUUAAUCAACAUUUAUAUUGUUACAUUAGUUGAAAGUUUUUAAGAUUGAUCACCACUAGCAACUACCCAUACGCAUACAUACCACAUGAGUGUCGUCUUCGUUUCGAGUGAUGGCCAUCCGAUGCGAUUAUAGGUGUGGAGUCGUCCGAUAGGUGCGCAGACCUUCCGAAGCAAUUAUUUGCUGUCGUGGUGCCACUAACUUUCGCUCCACCAUCCUUUUGCAGUGCGACGAAUUUCCCUUCCAUCCUUGAAGGACGAGACAGUGAGUAAAGAGGGGUCGCGCCGUGGGUGUCUGACUGUCCCGCCUGUACCUAACAGGCGUCUUUCUUCUUGCGAGUUAAGGUCAUGAAGAAUAUCUGUCUUGAUGAAUGAAAGUCUUGAGGUAGAGAUCAAGGGAACUAUUCCAUCCUUGUGCUACGAAAAAGCAAUUCCUUCAGUACUAGAACUUCAUUUCUCUAGCGUACCGUUGCUAAGAACAAAAGACUCCAACUUCUAAAAAAAACGAAGCAACUACAACUACUUCACUCAGUAUCCUUCUAUCAACUGUACUAGUGUGGGUCGGUGUGGAACUACGGACGGCGAGGCGGCUAAAAUGGUGACGCAACCUGAAGAUAUGCAGAUCGCAAGUGAUUUUUUGGGUGGUGAGCCGGAGGUAGAUGAGCGAGAGCGCCGAAUCUUAGAUUCGCCAUCUUCUAGUUCUAGCAAGACUACAAGACAAGCAGCGGUUGUAGUCAACAAGAAAAACGGCAGUCAUGAAGAGGCCCUGACGACCAAGAAAGAAGCUGAGGUCAGAGUCCCGGAACAUCAAGAACGAGAGCACUCUCCUUCGGUAGGGGAGACCAGAAGUGGACCUAGUCCUAGAAAGAAAGAGGAAAUAGAGGAUGUAUGGUGAUUGGCAUAAAUUUUUCUUGAGGUCGUAUGUUCCUUCUUGAAGGUGAAAAUUAAUUCAAAAAUUGCAGUUUCAAUGUUGAUACUGGAGGAACCUGCUCUGUAGUUGUUACGAUUCGUAGUGUAACUUUCAUACGAAGAAGAUAGGACUGCGGUUGAAGCUGCUGCGUUGGUUUCCGAGGAAGCCCUUUUGAAGACGCCAAUCGUCAAUAAAACGUGGACCCAGACGACUCAGCACACGUCUUAUGAAGAUUAUACCAUCGCUGUUGCCUCCUCCUUUGUAAUGCUCAUGAGUACGAGUAGUACUUAUAAAUAUCUUUAUACAUAAUAUACAUUUUGAUAGCAAGCGUACAACUCAUACACUUUGAUAGCAAGCGUACAACUCAUACGCUUUUAUAGCAAGCCGGACCCUGACAUCAUUUUUUUAAGCCUUUUUAAGGUCUGAUUCUUCUAGUUCUAAAGCUAACCGGCUCACAUGGCGACGUCGAACACCGGCUCACGUGGCGAUGUUUUUUCUGGGAUACCGGAAAACAAACCUGCGACAUCGGUACUCUGCCAUGUAAACUUUUUGUGUUCGUCACCAAAAACAAAAACAACACAGUGCAACUUGAUCAAUCCAUCUAUUUUGCUUAUGAUAUCAACAACAAAACAAACUAAAACUGAAACUUAUAAACUAUGUAUGUCAAAAAUGUCCGCGCUCGUUUCGACACGUCCAGUGUAAGAUUCGGCAGCGGCAGCCUAUCCUAUCCUAUAUAUAAUAUCCUAUUCUAUCUUUCUCAUUAAAUACAGAAACACCGGGGUUUGCGUGAGGGAAGUCCGCUAUCUAGGAAGCGACUACCCGUUGAAGCCUCCCCAACGGGAUCCCCGCAGCAAGCGUCACCACAGUCGUCGCCGAUAGAUGAGGGGAAAGAAAAAGUCAGAGAGGUUGUCGAAGUACGAUUUCAAAGACCUCUGGAUGAAAAGGAAAAACAGCAUGAAGACGCUGGUGCCGGUCCGGAGGAGGAAAUAAAUGUUACAACCCAUGUCUAUCAUUCGGUCAUCUUGCUCUUCUAUUUAGAAGAUACAGGGUGGCUGAGCGGCCUCAUUAACGUUAGUCAAGACGUAGCACGAGGUAAGUGCCAUGACAUGACAUCAAGGUCUUCUUCUUCAUUGAUAUAGUCGCCUGAUCAUGAAGAUGAAAAAUGAGCAGAUGAAAAUUGAUAAGUUAUGAGCACUGACUGGCUGACUAUACCAAGUAUAGUUGUGAUACAUUAGGUUUAAUAGUUCUAGACCAUUUUGUCUUCUUGUUGAAGUUCAGCUUCUAUACCCACGUGCCUUUUCAUUAUACAGGAGAGACAGGACCGUUUUCGCAGUGGGGAGAAAGAACUGGCGCUAGCGGCGACUUCGGAGGGCAAGGAUGAGGGAAGUGCGGUAGAGAACGACCAGCGGGAGCUCUCUGCGUCCAAAUCUUCUGUCCUUAUGAAAACACCUGUUGAAAGCACUCGGAAUCGAUCAAGAGAAAUGUAUUUUUUUCUGUUUAUGAAAAGUCCAAGUCGCAUGCGCAUCAUCUCGUCUCUCCUGCCUAAAAAUCUUGCUCUGCCGAUGGAUGUUACUCGGGGAGUCAGCUCUAAGUCUGAGGGCAAAGAAAGCAGACCAGAGGAAGUCGAGCAGCAGCAGGCGGACCUCGUGCCGCGGGCCGAAGAAGAACUGGCUUCGCCUAUUCUUAUACCAAGGGUGGACUCAGUUCCUGACAAACUGCCUAGUGGUACUGGCGAUCGUGGUGCAGAACACUUUAUGGAAGAACACGAUUCACUGCCUAGGGACAACGUGAGUCCUGGUACAACCCCAACAGAACCAGAAAAUGCUAAUUGCGCUUCUAGCCGGAGUAAGAUAGCUGACCCUGCUGGUGCCAAAGGUGAAGAUGAUAUUAAAAAUGUUGCUGCUGUUGAACCACAGAAGAAUAGAAGUUCUUUGGAGCAGGAGAACAGCACACAUGCACAAGAUAAAGAUGAACUCCAGACCGCACCUCAACAAGCAGAUAGUACGAGCAUCAAUCGUGUCGAUGAAGAAAAUACAUCAAACUACAAUAGCUGCGAUACUCGAAUUCCGACUACGACCAAAAGUGCUAGUGUUCCACCAGACACAAAAGUACGAAGUGUACACCAAAAAGAAUCUGAGCGCGCGACCACAACAAGUACAAAUGUACAUGAACAAGAACCAGUCCUGGACCAAGAGGAUGGGUCAUUUAUGUUCGCGCAUCCAGAAGGAGAGGAGGAGCUUAGUCUGAACAACGAGCCACCGACCAAAGCCUCCGGAUCUGCAACCUCAGAGAAGAAGGAGCAAAGAAGACGGAAGUCUAGUACUUACAAUAUCAACUAUUCGUAGUGUUGUACAUCUAAAUCACUAGACAAGGACAACUACCGUCUAACUCUAAGUCUAUGGAUGCCGUAAGGCGUAGGUCUAAGUCUACAUCUAUUAAGCACUAGACAACGAACAACUGAGGUGGAACAAUUCAUCUUCCUUGCUUAUCCUUAAUGAUCUUAAGUAAAUCUAUUCUGAUCACUUAAAUCUAUUCUGAUCCUUGAACUUAUUCGUUUUGUUCAAAAAAUCUUCUUGAACCAUCGGUGAUCGACUCCUUCGUACACCUAAAAUCCAGGCGAGAGUUUUGACGUGGAACUCCGUUUUCGUGGGGGUGGCGUAAACGUAGAGGAGAUAGCCGAGCAGCUACUUAAGCCUUUCAGUGAGAUAUCCGAGAAAAUCUCGCUUCGCACGCCACAUGAUGUUCAGGUAAAAAUUAUCCUUCAUGUUGAACACAGUCAAAACUCGCAGUUAUAGUACCAUUAUAAUGAUGUUGAUUGAAGCAGUCGUGGAAGGGUUUAGGGUUUAGUGGUGUUGGUGACCACAUUAUGUGACAUAGAAAUAAUAAUACUUACCCACAAUUAUGUGAAAUCGUUUCCUCGUCCAAUAAAAACAAAGGUUUCCUCUCUCGUAAUACUGAGUUGCUCCUCUGCUGCAGCACGUGAAAAAGUUUUGGCAAUCUAUAGUAAAGCAUGCUCUUCUUCUUGCGAACAGCGCCAAAAAGUUUCGGUAUGUAUGAUGCCACUCAUUGAUAACCUAAGUUAUGGGAAUGUCGUUCCUAAGUAGGAUCGCAAAGGGAAAACGACAUUCCCCUAUCGACAUUCUCAACGAGUGGAAACAUUCACGGUAUUCCUCCGCGUCCUCCCAGAGACGGCGUCGUCCCUGACUGAUGCGAUGGGGGUAAUGGAACAUGAAGGCAAACUACACGAAGGCACUUUGGACGUAAAAAUGCGAGGGACCUUUGUCAAAGACAGUGAAGGCGGCGCGGUAGAAUAUGAUCUCUAGUCGUCAUGGAAAUCUCAGGCAGAUUUCCGAAUGUAUUUACAUCAUCAUGAUCUCAAGUAGUUAAAUUUUUCUGAUGUUCAACAAUGAUGUUGUUUCAAAGAAGAUCGAUGUUGAAGGCGGCACGGUAUUUCUGAAUUCAAAUUUGAAUCUUUGACGACUUUGAUAAAAACUGAGUGUGUUGUUCCUUACGUACUAGGUCUUCGAAGAGUGUGCAACUGGGAGUGAGGAAUUCGAUUUCCGUGGGUGGCGAUUGCAGACAUUAUGGGUACCGUCAAGCCAUCUCUUAUGCCAUCUUUCAGUUUCCACUUCCUUGUUCUUUGAACAGCGAGAAGCUGAAAGAUGUUUCCUACAAGCUAUGGGUUGUCGGUACCUCUAGAGAGAGAAGUACCAGAGAAGAAGGGUUAUCUCCUAGCGAAAUCGUACGACUUUUUCGUCACUCCGCAACGUUCUGGAAGACGUUUUAACGGUGGCGCAGGUACAGCCCUGAACCCUACACUCAGUUGUUACUUGUUCUUGGUAAGCAAUUACAAUAUCUUUUUUAGGAUGUCGUAGGUAGAUGAGUCAGACGAGUUGGUACUUCCUUGCUCAUGUUGUAGUUACUACUUGUCGUCGCACUCGCAGCUCGUGAGGCUAGUACAGCAAUUCUCACAGCCUGUCCUCAUUGUCCUCCAAAUCAAUGUAAUCAAGAACAGUACAUUUGGAUACUUCUCCUCAUCCACCUCCAAACGCAAACCAGGUGCUCCGCAUAACAACCGAUGGCGCGGUCGACGGCCAAAGCCACGCUCUUACACAUACACUAUGCAGCAAGAUAUUCAAGUGACGGUGACAAAUGGUGUACGAAGACGCAGCGUCCGUCGAGAGAGAAAGCCACACACUCUCAGUCUCUCGGAAUCCCUCUUCGGAAAGGACGCCUCGGAUAGUCCACAAGGUUAUGAGUUUUGACUUCAGUUGAUUUUAUUAUGGAGUUGUGAUGUUGUGUUUUAUUAUGGAGUGUGAACUUUAAAGUAUGAGCAGUUACAACUAGGUCUAGGAGGUCUAAGACUCUUAGGUCUACGUCUGGGAUUAUAUAUCGUAAUCGCAGUCGUGGAGGUCCUCCUGCUUAUGAUCUUCCAUGAUCAUACGUAACUUUCAUACCGACGACGAUGACCACAAUAAAGCAUCAGGGAAUUCGUUUCUGAUCGAAGCUGCUGUGGAGAACAACCGCUCAGCACUCUGUCUUUCCGAUGCAAUAACGACGAAAAAGAACAGCUAUGAUUAAGCGUAGGUUAGCGUUAAAGGUGUUCUUGUUACCGUUUCUUAUGUCUCUCCCAAGGGAGACGGGCAUAAGAAACACGACACACACAAGCACCAAAACCCUACCUCUAAUACAAUCAGGGAGGAGGUUCACUCGUCGUCCCACAAGUAGAACAGCUGAACGCGAGCAUUAACAAGAGCCCUCAGCAAAAUCUGCAGAAGAACAAGCCGCGUUCUAAUCUUCAAAAUCCAGGUCCUAGAGGAGGAGGCACUUCCAGGUUGGUGAACUCGACAACUACAACGAAUACCAUCAAUGUUGGAAACUACUACGCGCAUAAUUCAAGGAACCACAUCACGAACAACAUCCAACAACCUCGCGACUUUCAUCACCGCUUUAAUGCUAACAAUGGUUCUGGCAAUCACAGUCGCCACAAGAUGCAGGCUCAUCUGACCUAUACUAAUAGAGGCGGUCCUGGGGAUCGUAGAGCAUGCGUGCCACCUCCACCUCAUGAUAUGACACAGACUGGUCCAAUUUCAAGUAGUAAUGCUGGAACAAAACUACAGCAGUCGCAGAUGAACCAAUCUUCUAGCAGAAUGAUGUACAAUAGAAACAACAGUUUUCACAAUGGUGGCGGGGGACAAACGAAUUAUAAGGGGUUUGUAAGGGGACGGGGAGGCGAUCACGACCAUGCUACACGAAAUUUUGGACGAGGGGAUUCGUCGAGUUCUUACGACAAUCAUGUGACAAAAGUUUCACACCUCUUUUUAGCGAUUCAUAUUUGAUUUUGAAUUUUGAUUUUGGCCUCCAACUCUUGUGCGCGAUUUAUUGCAUUGUGCCAUCAUUGCUCCUCUAACCUCUCCAUGACCAUCACCACCAGACCCAGAGCAGAGUUUUCCAGUGGGCGCGAGGGCCUGCAGCAGUGACGGUGGUUCAAGGCGAGCCUCGAAGACCGGCACCGCGAAGUCAGAAUCGCUUUAACGAUGCUGUUCCACCACUCGUCAAUCGAACUAGAGAGAUACAACAGGUACCAGAUGAGAUGGUAAGCGUAUAACCUACCCUAAUUGGUAUGAGUACUAGUACUUAGAUGUAGUGCAUCUCCUCGUCCUCGGACGACAUAAUCAUGAUCAAGAGAAAACUAAAAUAACUUCUGUGCGUAACAUCUUCGACUAAGUGAUCAUACUAAACAACACACUUGUUCUGCAGGGAACAGCUGCUCGUAUUAAUCAUCCGAAUCGCCAUGCGACUAAUCAUCAGAAUGCGAAUCAUGGAGCCUCCUCGUCCAGAAACAUGAUCAAUCGUGGUCCUCCAGAAAAUGGCACACCAUGUGGAGGAGGUCUUCAAAGCCCCAACCAAAUUCCGCUUGUUAACAGGGGCACUGGAGUUCAAAGAGCCUUAUUCCAGCAAGGCAUUGACGGGAGAUCGGCUUCAGGGGGUACUGUUUUUACAAGAUUAUUUAGUUACUCGACUUGUGUGAUGUGCUGUCUCUACCUUAUGUUAGUCGUUUUGUGGCGGGUACGUGUACAAAGUAAAACGUUGCCCGAGUAGCAUGCUACUCCUUUGCUUAGGCUCUUGUGGGGGUGCUGAGAAAAGGAUAAGUAACAUCUUCAGAGAGCAGUAUCUCGGUUGAAGAAAGUACUAGUAGUACUUAUAGCAUAUUGCUACAUUAUUAUAUACUCAUCAGGUAGUGGCGGUCGACUUUUCCGCUUACCUCGUGCAACGCCGCUGCAGCAAGACAUGGCUUUCCUUUUUCGGUAA